UCCGAGAAGUGGGAAUGAACUCACAACCCACUCUAUUCCUGAACUAAUCCAUCUAUCCGACCCGUCCCAACCCACCUUCGAACAACGCACCUGAGAGACGCCACCGGUCCGGGGUCUUCGUCAUCGCGCUCGCGUCGUAUUGUUCGGGGCAUAGCGUCCAUCAUCGGCAGUUCGGCACAGCCUGGUCUCCUCCCCUUCUCCCGCGGCUCCACCUCGCCCCGCUCCGCAUGUCAAUCCAUGGGCUGGUCCUGGAAGUCAGAGUCACCGGGUGCCGGAAGCUGCGGGACACGGAGUUCUUCACCCGCCAGGACCCCUACGUCGUGCUCGAGUACGCCACCACCAAGCACCGCACCCGCACCUGCACCGAUGGUGGAAGAAACCCAACUUUCGAUGAGAAGUUUCAUAUACCCCUCAUUGAAGGGCUCCGCGAAUUGAAUGUUGUUGUUUGGAACAGCAACACAUUAACCCAUGAUGACUUCAUCGGCAGUGGCAGAGUAUAUCUGCACAAGGUGCUCACAAAUGGCUAUGAUGACUCCUCAUGGUCGCUUCAGACACGCCACAUGAGAUCUGCUGGGGAAGUGAAGCUCAUUAUGCAUGUUGAUGUCUCGGCGAUGAAGAACAAGAUGGGUAGAAAUAUCGCUGCAUCAAGUACACAUUCUGUUCCUCCACCUUCAAUGCCAGCCCCAGCACUAGCAUCAGCAGUUCCAUACACUGGGGUUCCACCUUCAUAUCCACCUGCUUCAGCAUAUCCUGCCCCAUCUGCAUACCCUGCUUACCCAACUCCUAGCCAAUCACCAUAUACCACUACAGAAUAUCCACCACCUCCGCAGCAAGCAUACCCACCCUCACCGGCAGGAUACCCUCCUCCAUCAUAUCCACCGCAACCAUACGGGGAACCAUACCUGCCACAACCAUAUGGGCAACCAUACCCACCCCCGCCAGCGGCACAGUCUCCGUAUCCACCUGCGCCUUACCCUGGUACCUAUCCACCAAGACCUUAUUGAUGUAUCAGCUUCAGUAACCACAAGCAGAUGACAAUGGUUAAUGCUAUAUGAUGUGCCUGCGUGUGGAUUCUUUAUUUCUAGUUAUUUGGUUAUUUUCCUAACAAAAUAUUACGUACCGUCGCUUGACUAUCGCAUUGAUCACAAGUCAACUAAAGGUCUAGUUGCUAAUCGUUUCAAUGAGAAAUCAAAAAAUAAUAUCGAGGAUCCACUUGUCUGAUGCCGAAGAAGGUUGGUUAAGUGCAGCAGAUGGAUAUUGCUUCCUUUCUGUGAAUCAUGUGAACUGCCCAGCGAUAGUGAGCAUCAGUUAUAUAUACCCUCUUCAAUAUGUAGGUAGCUUGCAGAAUGUCUUGAUGGAAUCCAUCCUAUAAUGCUUGCUGUGGAUCUGCCAAAAAUAGACGCAAGAUCCAGCUUGCUUCUGUCCUGGAGUCAUGACUGACUGUUCUGUGUAAUCAUGCAAUUGUACAUAGUAGGGUAUUGGUAGUAACUGCAAAUAUGGUACACUUGAGAUUGCAGCACCUCCUUGACUUGGAACGUUUAUGUAAUAACAGUCAAUAAAUUUUUUCGGUGGUGAGCUCAUUGUUUACUGAACUGAGAAAUUUUACUUCCAUGUAUUUUAUCCUGUCGUGUAUUAUUGAUUGUAGCAUUGUAUGUUUCAGGAGUUUUUAAGUUUGUAGAUCUGGCCUGUGGACGGUUAUCUGUAUAAUCUGAAUGGUCUGGGUCUGUCUGUUAUAGUUGUUAGCUGUUGCACUUGGAAUUUAUGAAGUUUAAUGCCAUUUCAA